AUGGUUAACGUCACCUUCAAAACGAUUACGAGCCAACAAUUCAACAUUGACGUCGAUGGAGAAACAGUGAUUGGCGAGCUAAAGAGGAACAUCGAGCAAAGUCAGGGUGCCAAUGAUUACCCGGCAGAUUCAAUGAAAUUAAUCUACAACGGAAAAGUGUUGGAUGAUGACUCUAAGUUUACGGAUGUCGGUUAUGACGAUAAAAAAUUUGUUGUCGUCAUGGUUAUGAAAAAGAAAGCGGCGCCUGCUGCACCUGCUCCAGCUACAACGACCUCACAACCAGUUGAAUCAACAUCUGGAGACAAAGCCGAAGCGAAGCCUGCUGCCAAAAACACAACAGAGCCUGCUCCAGCUCCUCCAGCCGAGCAAAACUAUUCUGCAGAACAACAGGCUUCGAUCGAAGCGGUAAUGAAUAUGGGAUAUGGACGUGAGCAAGUGAUUGCUGCUCUUCAAGCUGCUUACUGGAACGCUGACCGAGCCGUUGAAUAUCUCAUCACUGGGCUUCCAAACGAUAUGCUCGUGAAUGCAGCAAACGUCGACGCAUUACUUGAAGAAGGCGGAGAAGAAGAAGGCGAAGCAGAUUCGUUGGAAUAUUUGGCACAACUUCCACAAUUCAAUGAAUUGCGCCAAAUGAUCAGACAGAACCCUGCUAUGCUUCCAAACUUAAUGCAACAGUUUGCUUCGAUAAAUCCCGAGCUUGCUUCGGUGAUUCAGCAAAAUCCCGAGGCUUUUCUCCAGCUAUUGAAUGACGCACCAGCUGCCGCGCAGGGUGCCGGUGGUAGAGCUGGAGGUCAAGCUGCUGGUGUUCCACCAGGUUCCGCCGUGAUUACAAUGACGCAAGAGGAAGUUGCUGCUGUUCAACGCCUCAAAAACAUGGGAUUCCCGGAGCAACUCUGCAUUGAAGCCUACAUCGCUUGCGAUAAGAAUGAGGAGCAAGCUGUCAACUACAUUUUGGGACGAAUGGAGGAGGAUUUCGGCGACGGACAA